CUCGCUCCGCCGCCGCCGCCGCUGCCUCCUUACCCACUCCCCUCCUCCUCCUCAAGCCCUUGCAUCUCGAUCCGUCUCCUCCUCCCUCUCUUCCUCCCCCGCGCCAUGCCCCAAACCCCUCCUCCGCCUGCGCCUCCGCCGCGCCCCGAUCUCCACCGCGAUCCGCGCAGCAGCCGCCUCCGCCGCUCCUUCCGCAGGGCGCGGCCCUGAAGCCCCUGGCGGCGUCGAUCGCCACGGGCGUCGUCCUCUGGCUGGUCCCGGCGCCCGCGGGGGUCCCCCGCAACGCGUGGCAGCUCCUGGCCAUCUUCCUGGCGACGAUCGUGGGCAUCAUCACCCAGCCCCUGCCCCUCGGCGCCGUGGCCCUGAUGGGCCUGGGCGCCUCCGUGCUCACCAAGACCCUCACCUUCUCCGCGGCGUUCUCCGCCUUCGGCGACCCCAUCCCCUGGCUCAUCGCCCUCGCCUUCUUCUUCGCCCGCGGGUUCAUCAAGACCGGCCUCGGCAACCGCGUCGCCUACCAGUUCGUCUCCCUCUUCGGCAGCUCCUCCCUCGGCCUCGGCUACAGCCUCGUCUUCAGCGAGGCCCUCCUCGCGCUCUCCGAGGCCUGCGGCAGCAGGGCCGGCGACGGGACCGAGCGCCGCCUCGGGGCCUGGCUCAUGCUCACCUGCUUCCAGACCUCGGCCAUCUCCUCGUCCAUGUUCCUCACCGCCAUGGCUGCCAACCCGCUCAGCGCCAACCUCACCUACAACACCAUCAAGCAGACCAUUGGCUGGACCGAUUGGGCAGUGGCCGCCAUCGUGCCGGGGCUGGUCUCGCUCGUUGUGGUGCCGCUGCUGCUCUACAUCAUCUAUCCGCCCACUGUGAAGAGUAGCCCCGAUGCUCCCAAGCUCGCAAGGGAGAAGCUGGAGAAGAUGGGGCCUAUGACCAAGAACGAAAUCAUCAUGACCGGGACUCUACUUCUCACGGUGGGGCUCUGGAUAUUUGGUGGGGUGCUGAAUGUCGAUGCUGUGACUGCAGCUAUUCUUGGUUUAUCCAUUCUUCUCAUAACAGGUGUUGUAACAUGGAAGGAGUGUUUGGCAGAAUCAGUUGCGUGGGACACACUUACUUGGUUUGCCGCGCUGAUAGCAAUGGCUGGCUAUCUCAACAAAUACGGUUUGAUCUCCUGGUUUAGUCAAACAGUUGUAAAGUUUGUAGGAGGUCUGGGUCUGUCAUGGCAGCUCUCGUUCGGCAUCUUGGUACUGCUCUACUUCUACUCUCACUACUUCUUUGCCAGUGGGGCUGCACAUAUCGGGGCUAUGUUCACGGCCUUCCUAUCAGUGGCGAGCGCAUUGGGCACCCCUCCCCUCUUUGCGGCAAUGGUUCUCUCGUUCCUCUCCAACCUAAUGGGCGGCCUCACCCACUAUGGUAUUGGCUCCGCACCCAUCUUCUAUGGGGCCAACUAUGUCCCCCUCACUCAGUGGUGGGGAUAUGGGUUCCUCAUGUCCGUGGUGAAUAUAAUUAUCUGGCUCGGUCUUGGAGGCUUUUGGUGGAAGACCAUCGGCUUGUGGUGAGCAGCUCAUUCUUAUAAUUUUAGCCAUUGAUUUUUAAUUUUGAAAGGUAUUGUGGCCUAUACCUGGAGUAUAUCCUGGGAACACGGAAAAAUUUUGUUCUUUUAGAAAAUUUGAAGUGAAUAAUUAUUUUGGCAUGAUUGGAUGGGCAGAAGACGAACUAGCGGAGUACAGAUUGAACUUGUACACCAUUUUUUUUUUAACUUAAUAUGAUGCAAUUUUGUCAAAUUU